AUGGAAUCACAAUCACCAAUGUUGGAGGAAGUCAUCUCGUCCCAGCCCGACGACAAAGAGACUGAGGAACAUGUUCAUCAGUUGCUCAUAUCGCUGCCCUCAGUAUUCUUCACCAUAGACGCCCAGAAGCGGACACCACUGCAUCACGCCGCCUCUGCCGGCAAAUCCAAUAUUCUUCGUGCCAUCCUCACCGUCGGUCCGGAGUCUGAAGUUGACCUGCAAGAUGCCGAGGGAUGCACUGCCCUCCAUCUGGCCGCGCGCAACGGCCACGAAGCCGUAGCCCGCGCCCUCCUCAAUGUCGGCGCCGACGUUCGGCGCGAGGAAGCAUUUGGCGAGACGCCGCUGCACGAGGCAGCGCGCAAUGGACACGCGGCUCUCGUGAAGCUCUUCAUCGACUCGGGCGCCGUUGUUGACGUCGGCAAUCGCGACUCGAGUACGGCGCUUCAUGUUGCCGCCCGACGUGGCCAUUCCGACGUUGUCGAGAUUUUGCUGACCGCCGGCGCCAACCCUGCCACCAAAGACAAGGUCGGCGACACGCCCCUUCAUGACGCUGCUCGCGAAGGUCGGACGGAUAUUGUUGAUGCUCUGCUCAACACGGGGCUUGUCAGCGUCGAGGCGCGGAACGCCAACGGUCUUACGCCGCUGAGCGUUGGAGCGCGCCAUGGACGCGAUGGUAUCGUGCGUUCUCUGCUAGAGAGGGGUGCCGAUGUUGACGCGCAGAGCUCUGAAUUCUGCACGCCUCUGCACCAGGCUGCCACGGAAGGCCAUGAUGGAGUGGCGAGGUCACUCAUCGCCGCUGGCGCUGAGGUUGACUUGCAAGACAAGGACUUACAGAGCCCUCUUCAUACAGCCGUCAUAUUUGAGCAUGCUGACGUCACGCGCGAGCGCCUCCGCUCCGCCAUGACCGGCAGCCGCGACGUCGCGCCCAGGAGGGAGCUCCUCCGCGCCAGCACGGCCGAGCGCACGCGUAGACUGAGCGCCAUGCCGACGGGCCUGCAACACCACCUCUUCCCCUACCUCAAGCACCUCGACGCCAUGAACAGCCUGCGGCAAAGUUUCACCAAGUCUGAGCUGCACGUGCCGCGGACGCUCGACCAGUCGUACCACGAAUCGCUGAGCAAGGAGGAAGUGCGCGCGAGGAACGAGAGCCAGGUUCUGUACCGGUACUUGCUGCGCCUCGAAAGCCUUGUCAAGGCGGAGAAGCAGAAGAAUGACGGAUCUAUCGUUGCUGGAGAACAGAAGUCGGGCCAGGGGUCCGGCAACCCGUUUGAGCACCGCGAGCUGCUCGAGCAGCACUCGGACAAACAGAAGCGGACAGACGGCACGAAGGAGCAGCUGAUGAGGAUGGCUGGACGUCAGGAUGUGGCCAGCAGCGUGCGUGCAAGGGUGGCGCGUGAGCGCAAAGGGAUCGAGCAGGAGCAGCGCAAGCAGGUGUUGAUGGUGUCGCAGCUGUGGAUGUGGCGCAUCGACGAACACAAUAUCAUUACCUGCUAUCCCGAACGCUGGGACGACAAGAACGCCAAGACGCUGCUCAAUGAGAUCAAGCAUCGCGUCUUGGCUUCUCCCGGUCUCAAGUCAGCCGACACGGACAUGAUGGAUAUUGCUGCUCAUGUCCUCGAAUCGGCGGUUGGAUUCAGCGAAGAGGAGUUUCAUUUCCAAUUUUGCGGCCCCCGAUCGUACUGUAACGUCUUUGCGGGCUCAGUGGCUUUCCUCUCGAACGAGGCGAUGAAACGGUACGCGGCCUUCAAGUCGUCCAUCCGCGGGAUGCGCACGUCGAAGACUGUGCUCGGGGAUUUGCGAGCCGAGAUUGAGCUACUGCAGGAGAUAGACGAUGUGAGGGAGGAAGUGAAUAUGAUCCAGACGGUAUUAAAGGAACAAGAGCGCGUCGUCGUCGAGUUUCAGGGGUCGCGAGAACCGGACUGCACCGUGCUGGAGCAGGUCAGGGGCGGCCUCGGAGGUUUCUCUCAUCCUACACUGGACUUUUUCGAUCGCCUGGGACUGGAUGCUGAUCGAGUUCGGACCUCGCGCGAAGCCAACAUCGAAGAAGCCCUCUCAGCUAACGAGCAAUCCAAGAUUCUAUUCAUCUUUACAGGCGCCACAGUUGUCUUUAAAGUUGGGAGUCUACUCGCCACCGUCUUGGUCAUCUGGCUGUCCCUCCAGAUCUAUGAACUCGUCGCCCAGGGCCAGAGCAGCGCGAAGCGCCGAAAGCUCGACUCCAUGCUACGCCGGAAGACGCAGCCAACCGAAACACUGGCGCCUGAAGCGACAGCGCAAUCACAGCGAGGUGAUGAGUCUGCAGGCCCAGCGAGCCAAACGGCAAGGUCAUCUGCCCUCAGGUCGGAGGCCGCAGCGAGCGCUGUGGGCCAAGGGGCAUCGGGCCAACGCAAACUCAGGAAAAGGUUUAUUAGGUUCGGCAGAGACGGAAAGAAGAGGCUGGAUGAGGAGACCGCGAUAGUCGUUUGA